GUGACAAAGCAAAGUUUGAGGCUUAUAUAAAAUAUGAAACAGUGACUUUAUAGGUUUAUAAAGCUCUCUUUAUCUUGAGAAAUCCAAUAUACGGGGAAUCAUGUGGUCUCUUUCAUUGACCCACAGCAAUAUUGAUCCACUCACUAGUAGUUAGUUUCUCAUGGUUCACUAAAUAUGCAUUUAGACUCGAUCUACGACCGUGUUACAGGAUGCUCUCAGUCUCAGGUUUAAGUGUGUUUCUGACCUGCUUCAGGAAAGGGGCGUGUCCUCAGGUGUCUGAUUGACAGCUCUCGUCUCAUCUGGCUCCGCCUCUGCUUCAGUCUGGUUUUGAAGGCUGUUGUGUUUUCUCAGAGCGUGUUGUGAAGGCGAGCGCAUGGCUCUGCUGUCGUGUUAUGACGGGACAGACUCUUGUUUCCAGCAGGCUGUCAGGAUGUUCCAGAGGAAGAAGAAGAAGAAGAGGAGGCUGGAGAUCUCCACUCCCAGGAACUUCGAGCACAGGGUGCACACGUCCUUCGACCCGGUGCAGGGCUGCUUCGUGGGUCUGCCGCCUCAAUGGCAAAGCCUCAUAGACACGCUCCGGAGACCCAAACCUGUGGUGGACCCCUCCAGCGUCACGCAGGUGCAGCUCAAACCGCAGAAGAGGAUCGUUCGCGGCAGUUUCAUCGGACAUGAGGACUACAUUUCUGCGGCGAUCGCUCAGAUGAAUCGACUCUCUGUUACAAGCUCGAACUCGUUGAGGAGAACCAGCCCGUCUUUAAGGAAAAGAGCCCAGUCUCUGGGCCGUCUGGGUGAGGUAGCCGAAGGAGAGACUUAUGAAUAUCAGGAGCUCAAUGAGGCCAGUCGGAGGAACGGGCAGCCGGUGUCAGACUGGUGCUCGAGAUCCCGACAGAUCCAGAGCGAGAGCGGAAGCCCACGGCCCGAAUCCAAGAACAGCUACACCAUAAACUCCACUGAGUCUCGACCCAGAGCCAAGUCCAUGUUCAUGGGACAGCCGGUGCUGAUGCCCCGGGACAUUCUACUCGCGCCUAGAACUGCUCGUGAAGAGCCUGGUAUUGAUAAAAGAGAUGUAAAACCCAACCAGAGGCCCGUAUCGUGUCUCGACAGCACCUACAGCAAAAACGAUGGAGUGAGACUGAACUCAGAUCAGCCCGAGAUAGAAACACCGAGGAGGCCCCAGUCCACAUACAACUUCAAGAGUUUCCCAGCCAUUUCCAAACCCAACGGCACUAGCAGUCCUAAACCAGGCCAUGGAAUAAUCAGCCAUCGAAACCCACGGCGUUCCUCCAGCGACCUGAUUUCUCCCGUCCAAACCCCUGAGACUCCAGCCUCGGUCGCUCUGACGCAGGACAGCCCGUCUCAGCCCAGACCCGCUCCGACCGGCUCGCCCGCGGUUCCCAGCGGAACCUCGUCUCCCAGCCUCAGAGUGGCCCAGAUGCCCGGCGGCGGCCCGGAGACACCCGGAGUCACCCACCAGCAGUUCAGAGCCGCGCUGCAGAUGGUGGUGGGCACCGGCGACCCUCGCUCGUAUCUGGAGAACUUCGUGAAGAUCGGCGAGGGCUCCACGGGCGUGGUGUGCAUCGCCCGAGAGAAGCUCAGCGGGCGGCAGGUCGCCGUCAAGAUGAUGGACCUCAGGAAGCAGCAGAGGAGAGAACUGCUCUUCAAUGAAGUGGUUAUCAUGCGAGAUUACAGGCAUAAAAACGUGGUGGAGAUGUUCAAGAGUGCUUUGGUGGGUGAAGAGCUCUGGGUCAUCAUGGAGUACCUGCAGGGCGGCGCUCUGACCAACAUCGUCUCAGAAACCAGGCUAACGGAGGAGCAGAUUGCUACAGUGUGUGAAGCUGUUCUCCAGGCUCUCUGUUAUCUUCACGCUCAGGGAGUCAUUCACAGAGACAUCAAGAGCGACUCUAUCUUACUCACGCUGGACGGCCGGGUCAAACUGUCCGACUUUGGAUUCUGCGCUCAGAUCAGCAAAGACAUCCCGAAGAGAAAGUCGUUAGUCGGGACUCCGUAUUGGAUGGCGCCGGAGGUGGUUUCAAAGACGCCCUACGGCACGGAGGUGGACAUGUGGUCUCUGGGGAUCAUGGUGGUGGAGAUGAUCGAUGGAGAACCUCCGUAUUUCAGCGAGACGCCGAUAGCAGCGAUGAAGAGACUGCGAGACGAGCCGGCGCCAACCGCCAGAAACAUCAGCAGGAUCUCUCCCGUCCUGAGGGACUUUCUGGACUCGAUGUUGACGUGUGAUCCGCUGGAGCGAGCGAGCGCCGGAGAUCUGCUCCAGCAUCCCUUCAUGCUGCAGGCCGCUUCUCCUCGCUGUCUGGUGCCGCUGGUGGAGCAGUACCGCAAACGCAUGUCGCGAUGCUGACCUUUAGCACUUUAGAGACUGUGAACCUUCCUGAUCUACUGGAAAAACCCUGACGUUCCUCUGGAGAACCUCAUAGAGGAGGACAGGAGCGAUUCCCCCCAAAACCAUCAUUCUGUCAGCAUUUAUUCCUCUUAUUCUAAUGCAUUUGCACAGAACCUUUGACAUUAUGUGUCGUGUGUAAUAGAGACUGUGCUGAUGGGUUUAUUAAAUACAUCUGAUGAUCGUUCACAAUGUAUGGAAGCCUGUUUCUGCUCCAGGACAAGGAAUUAAAAGGUAAUUGUGACCUUAUUUCUUGCAAUUCUGAGGGGGAAAAAACGUUAACUUACAAUUGCGAGACAAAAAAAUUUUUAAUUCUAAGAAAAGUAAAAAUUGUGAGAUAUUAACUCAGAAUUGUGAGAAAAAAAAAAUAAUUGUGAGAUAUAAACUCAGAAGUGGUGGUGAAAAGGUCAGAAUCAGAAAUGUGAGAUACAAACAGAAUUGCAAGAUAAAAAGUCAGAAUUGUGAG